AUGUUUUUAACUAUGUCAUCAUCAUCAUCAUCAUCACCAAUCUCAUCAUCCGCAUCUGCAACGGCUUCUUCCGAUGUUUUACCUCAGCAAAUUGGAAAAGCUUUUGUUGUUCAAUAUUAUCGUCUUCUUCAUGAACAUCCCGAGUCCUUACAUCGAUUCUAUUCAUCUGCAUCGACAUUUUUGCACGAUGAUCCUCAAAAGACAGCACAAGGAAUUGAAAAUAUUGCUAAACGUAUUGGUGAAUUGUCACUAAAACAACGUCAUGUGAAAAUUCGUCAAGUUGAUUGUCAUUCAACAGUUGGCUCAUCCGUUGUUGUGCAAGUUUGUGGUGAAAUCUCACUAUCACCGGUAACAGAUGGUCAACCACCAGUUAUGAAACGUUUUGUUCAAACAUUUAUUCUUGCACCGACUGAGAAUGCUAAACAAAAGUAUUAUGUGCAUAAUGAUAUGUUUCGAUAUCAGGAUGGAACAUUGCAGAGUUUAACAACAGAAAAUACCGCCACUACAAAGACGAUAGCAACGCCAGAAAGUAAAAAAGUGAUAGUAUCAGAAAGUACACCUCCGAAACCACCUAAAAGUCCGGCUGUACAAAUACCGGUGACACCACUCUCAUCUGCAGUGAAAAUCGAAUUUUCGGACAAUACAAUAACGAAGAAUGAAGCGAGUCCUACGAAAGAACCACCGUCAAAACCUAAAUCCUACCGAGACGCAAUUGGAAAGAAAGAAAAAGUAGCAUCAACACCUACCAACGACACUCAAUCACUGCCAUCGUCAACAACCGCAGCAGCACCAACUGCGGCACCCACAGGAACAGUGAAGGUAGCAAAAUCCGGUAAACAAAAAGCAUCGAAAGCCGGCAACAAGAAUGCACGCGCUGCACGCGGUCAUCCCCAAGACGCGAAUGAUUAUUAUGAUGAUUCAUGGUACUAUGGAGGAGCGGAAGGUUAUUUACAUACCGGUUAUGUCGACGAUCAAGAAGUAUUUGUUGGAAAUCUUUCUGCUCAAGUCACUGAAGAAGAAAUUCAUGAAUUAUUUCGACCCUAUGGUCGUUUACUUCUUGUUCGUAUUGGAAACACGGGAUCUCAAGUUGGUGCAGCAAAUUUCGCUUUUGUUGUUUGCGAAUCAAUUGAAAUGGCAAAAGCAAUUGUUGCUGAUCAUGAUACUCUUCUCAAGAACCAAAAAGUCAAUGUUGAAGCAAAAAAACGCCGUCCAUUUCCACAUACAUUUCGUCCAACCUAUCCAACUGCUGCUUCUCCAACAAAUUAUCAAUCAACUGGUUAUCCUGCGUCGUUCUACGAAAAUUCAACAUCAGCACCAUUUUAUGAUGGAGGGGCUCGUGGCCGAGGAACACGACGUGGCGGAAAAGGCGGAACACAUUAG